AUGAUGAAGAUCAACGGGAGCCUGUGGCUUCUAUGCCUUUUAGCCGUUGGAAUCAGGGCCCGCCCCGAAAGUGGUAAGAUAUACGCCAAGGUUAACUUCGGUCGACCUCAGUGCUUGAGCUGCGAAUAUUUAGAUGAUAAUGGUGUUAUGUACUGUAAAUUAACAUCGCUUAAACAUUGCACGGUGACAGCUGAGCUGCUAGCAGCAAGCAGUUCGGAGUACCGGGCAGUACCGGUCGAGCGCCAUGCAGAUCACAAACUGCACGCCGAACGCCGGUCUCUUGAUGACUCCAAAGAAUCACGUGCAGAGUCUGUCGUCUCUGAACAGCGAUCGGAAGAUGCAGCAGCAGAACCACGAGAAGCUGUAGAUGAUGAUGCACGUUCUGAAGAAUCUCGUAUGUACAAUCCGGCUGAUCUCUUUUACAACAACGAACUACAACUAAUCAGCCCAGCUCCUUCAGGACCUGUAACAACUGGAGCAUUGGUCAACCAGUGCACUGCUGAAGGUGACAUGUUCUACGAGACUAGAGGAGACAGCUGCUGGGUCUGUGGAUGUUUCACAAGCUUCGGCGGACUAUUCCCAAAAUGCGCACCGUGCACUUGCUCUUUACGUUCACUUCAACCUUUAAUAGUUCCUGGAUAUGGUCCAGGAGAAGUCUUACGUUUACAAGGUCCGAUACCCCUGCCGUUGCCACUGCCACAGCCUGCACCUAUGCAGUUCGAACCCAUACCGGAACCAUCUCUACCGCCAGUUCCGUACCAACCGCAACCAUCACCACAACCGUACCCACUAUCCUGUCCUCCUCCCGUAUACAUUCCUGGUCCUCCUCGCCCAUACCCAGUACCUGUGCCAGUACCUGGAAAACCUGUGUACAUACGUGUACCAGUACCCGUACCCUCGCCACCUGAGAAGAUCUACAUCCGAGGACCUUCAAUUCCAUACCCAGUACAAGUAACGAAGAACGUCCCCGUUCCGUACCCAGUGAACAGGCCUGUCGCAGUGCCGGUGCCAUCUCCACCAGUAACCAUUCCCGUCAACCAUUAUAUUCCAGUGAAAGGAAAGGACAUAUUAGUCCCAGUACCAGUACCAUUCACCAAAACUAAAUACUACCCUGUACCAAUCAUCGUCUACGUAAAUCCCGAGUGCAGACAUCGCCCACCGUUAGUACCAUUCCGAUCUCCGUAUGAACCUUGCAAGAUCCUUGUAUGCAAACUUAAAUACAACUACGUGUAUCUUGAAUCUUCACCUGAUAAUUCCUGCCUAAUCUCAGCACCAGUAAGUCCUGGCUGGGGAUCAUCAGCAUCUUCAGCAGCUAAUGCUUUUGAUACCACGUAUGGAGGAGGUUCCUCGAGUGCUAAUGCCAACGCUAAUGUUAACACUGGAUCGUUCCCUGGCUAUCCAGGAUUCUCUGGUUCCGAAGCUUCAGCAAAUGCUAUAUCUGGUGGGGGUUUCCCAGGUUUGGAUGGUAACUAUGGAGGUGGAUUCUCAAGCGCUGAAGCAAUAGCUAACGCGAAUUCCGGCCCUGGUGGUUACUCAAGUGCUGAUGCAGCAGCAAAUGCAGCUGCUAACUUCGGUGGUUAUGGUGGCUUUAGACCUGGUAGUUACUCAAGUGCUGAAGCAGCAGCAAAUGCAGCUGCUAACCUAGGUGGUUAUGGCGGUUUUGGACCUGGUGGUUACUCAAGUGCCGAUGCAGCCGCACAUGCAGCUGCUAACCUAGGUGGUUACGGCGGUUUUGGACCUGGUGGUUACUCUAGUGCUGAUGCAGCAGCAAAUGCUGCAGCGACCUCUUUAGGUGGUUAUGGCGGUUAUGGAGGAGGUUUAUCAAGUGCAGAUGCUGUAGCAAGUUCCCUAAGUGGAUAUGGCGGCUAUGGAGGCGGUGUAUCAAGUGCAGAUGCUGUAGCAAGUUCCCUUAGUGGAUAUGGCGGCUAUGGAGGAGGUGUAUCAAGUGCAGAUGCUGUAGCAAGUUCCCUUAGUGGAUAUGGCGGUUAUGGAGGAGGUGUAUCAAGUGCAGAUGCUGUAGCAAGUUCCCUUAGUGGUUACGGCGGCUAUGGAGGAGGUGUAUCAAGUGCAGAUGCUGCAGCAAGUUCCCUUAGUGGUUAUGGCGGUUAUGGAGGAGGUGUAUCAAGUGCAGAUGCUGUAGCAAGUUCCCUAAGUGGAUAUGGCGGCUAUGGAGGAGGUCUAUCAAGUGCAGAUGCUGCAGCAAGUUCCCUUAGUGGAUAUGGCGGCUAUGGAGGAGGUGUAUCAAGUGCAGAUGCUGCAGCAAGUGCUGCAGCUUCCACCCUAAACGGUUAUGGAGGUUAUGGCCCCGGUGGAUUUUCAAAUGCAGAUGCUGCAGCUAGCGCCACAGCAAAUACCCUUGGUGGUUACGGCAGCUUAUCAAGUGCUGAAGCGGCCGCAAAUGCUGCAGCUUCUACCCAAGGCGGAUAUGGUGGUUAUUCAAAUGCAAAUGCAGCGGCCAACGCCGCAAGCACACUUGGUGGAUAUGGUGGCUUUGGAGGAGGCUUUUCUAGUGCUGAAGCAGCAGCAAAUGCUGCAACUUAUGGCGGACAUUCAAGCGCAGAUGCGGCAGCACAUGCUGCAGCUAAUCUAGGUGGCUAUGGAGGCUAUGGAGGCUACUCAAAUGCCGAUGCAAUGGCAAAUGCUGUUUCUAACUUGGGCGGCUAUGGCGGAGGAUAUUCUUCUGCUAAUGCAGCAGCGAAUGCUCACCUUGGCAACAGUUACGGCUUAUUUCGAAGUGGAGAACCAGAAUCAAAAAGUGACGAGGGAGCCAAUUCCCGGGCUGAUGUAGCUAACUCAGACACCAGAAGAAAAAGAAAUGCUGUACACAGGAUGAAAGCAUAG